AAAGAGAAUAAUUUUUUCAGUCUUUUUUUUUUUAGGAAAGUCGCAGUUAAGCGAAUCAUGUGAUACAAAUGGCGACUGCGAACAUAAGGGUUCAAUAUGCCUGAGAGGUAAAUGCAGGUGUCAUCCACAUUACAUAGAAGUUGUGGACGAAAAAGGUCAUAAUGCACGUUGCAAAAGAUUACCAGCAGGUAUCGGUGAAGCAUGCACUACCAAAUGUCGAGAACCGUUGUUCUGCCGUGGUGGCCAGUGCCAGUGCGUUCAGAGAGGAACCACAAGUCUUAUCAACGGCGAAUGCGUCUCAAUAAGUCGUGUUGGAGAUCGAUGUAGCCGUCAAUAUGACUGUACCGCGCCCUUCUCGGCUUGCUUGAAUUCACAAUGCGUUUGUAUUACCGGUACUGUACAACAGGGACUUCGAUGUGUGGCCUCAAAAAGUUGUCCUUUUGGAGGGAUGCCUGGACAAGUCUGUAUUAGGAAAGCGUCUCAGAAUAUGGUUGAAAAUUUCAUUGAAGAUUCCGACAACUGCCCAAAGGGACAGUCAAUGAAAACACUGUUAUAUCUAGAUGGUGGAUUUUCGCAGUCAGCCUGUUGUCGAAGACCGUGUAAUGCUCUUGCACCAAAUGCCUUAUUUGUAAAUGGAAACUGCAUGCCGCGAGGACAGUUAAACUCACAAUGUACAGUUAAUGAACAAUGUGGCGGUGGAGAGAGCAUGCAAUGUUCCCGAGGUCAGUGCGAAUGCCUAGCCGGUUUCCAUCCGAUUGUUGAUCCAGUUACAAAUCCUAUGAAGAAUCCAAGCCAGAGCUGCACACGCAACUGUGAAUCUGACUCGCUGUCGCGCGACACGAGCUGUCUCAGUCCUGCACCACUCGGGGGUCACUGUUUUAUCCAAAAGCAGUGCCCUAAACAAUCCGGCUGCUACCGUGGAAGGUGCAUGUGUAAAUGCGGAUAUAGGCAAGAGGGACCUAAAUGUGUAGAAUUACCCCCACCGCCGUCGACUAGCCCACAGCCAACAAUACUGGUUCCUGGUAUCGGAGUUCCACAGGGCGGCGAUUUCCUGAAGCUGAUUGGGAACUUCUUUGGAGGCUCGAAUGGGAGGAGUGUCUUCGGUGGUUAA